AUGGCCGCGGUUUCUGCUGCCACGGCGGCGAGUACGGCUUCGGCGGCGUUACCUUCGGUGCCUAAGGUUUGCUUCAAUUCUAACUGUAGAGAAUCCUUGGAAAAGGUUCAGAAAGGUUGGCGCCGCCGUACUGGCGAGUUUGCUGAACUCUGUGAUCGUUGCGCUUCUGCUUAUGAUGAUGGAAAGUUCUGCGAGACUUUUCACCUGAAUGCAUCUGGAUGGAGGUGCUGUGAGUCUUGCGGGAAGCAAAUUCAUUGCGGGUGCAUUGUUUCUUUCCAUAUGUUUGUGCUGCUGGAUGCUGGGGGCAUUGAAUGCAUAACUUGUGCCAGGAAAAGUUUUAUCUUGACACCUAAUCCAGCAUGGCCACCUCCUCUUUUUCUUCCUCUACAACCUGAAAGAAUUAAGGACCUCUCUGCAAAAAAUUGGAGUCCUUUAGCUGGGUCAGGUCCAAUACCUUGGCGCCAAGCUCCUAGUUUGUUCAACGGUUCUUCAGUUCAAUCCGAGAUUCAACCAAGGACACCCGUGGCUAUUGAAUUUGACGUAUCGGGUGGACUUGAUAGGCUUAGGCUGAACGAUAAGAUAUCUUCCACUUUCUCUGACAAGAGGAAAGAGGAAUCUUUUGAAAGAUUAGUGAAUGGAAGCCUGAGAAUUGGUGCUUCAGAAAUAACUGGUGGUGGUGAUUCUGGAACCAUCAGUCUGGAGCAACCUGCUUUUUCUCAAAAUGCUUUUAAGCGUCCAGGGUUUGCUGGAAUAUCAGAUUUUAGUUUUAUCUCUCCUCCUACGGCGAGUAAUGGAAAAAAUGAUCUUUGUAAGGGACCCGGAACUUCUAUUCAUCGACCGACCCAGUCACCAGUGAUGGAGAAAACACCGUCCAUUCAGAAUUCAACUGUUAUAUCUGAGCCUCCAGUGCGAAGUGGGAGGGCCAAAUUAGAAUUUAGGGCACGGAGUCAGUUACUUCCUCGGUAUUGGCCUCGAAUAAGUAAUGAGGAGUUACAGCAGAUAUCUGGAGAUUCAAAUUCUGUCAUCACACCUUUGUUUGAGAAGAUGUUGAGUGCCAGCGAUGCAGGCCGAAUAGGCCGCUUAGUUCUUCCCAAAAAAUGUGCUGAGGCCUACUUCCCACCAAUUUCGAGUCCUGAUGGGGUACCUUUGGAAGUUCAAGAUUUGAAGGGGAAGGACUGGAUCUUCCAGUUUCGGUUUUGGCCUAACAACAACAGCAGAAUGUAUGUUUUAGAAGGGAUCACUCCAUGCAUACAGUCGAUGCAAUUGCAAGCUGGUGACAUAGUGACAUUUAGUAGAAUUGAGCCGGAAGGGAAGUUAGUCAUGGGCUGCAGAAAGGUUUCCUCAGCUGCAUCAGAUCAGGAAAAUGGAGGAGUUCAUGCUGCUAGUGAGCAUUCUGCAGAUGGGGAUAUCAAAUCUUCUGAACUUGCGUCAAGUAAAUCUCAUGUUGAUACAUCUUCUGGGUUCCGAAUGCCCAACCCUGCUCCAGCCAAGUCUGGAAGUACUUUGUCUGAAAUGGCUAUGCCUGGGCCAAUACCCGGAGAAGUCUCUGAACCCAAGCUUCAGGUCCAUAAGAAGAGGAAAAAUUGCACCUUGGGUUUAAAGAGUAAGCGCCUUAGGAUUGAAAAUGAGGACAUGCUGGAGCUGAAGGUCACAUGGGAACAAGUUCAAGGGUUGUUCCGACCGCCUCCUAAUAAAACUCCAAAUCUCCUCAAUGUAGAUGGCUGUGAGAUUGAAGAAUUCGAGGAUGCACCAGUAAUUGGUAGACCUACUAUUCCUGCUACUGACCAUCUGGGUAGAAACGUCCAGUGGGUUCAAUGUGAAGAUUGUUGUAAGUGGCGUAAAGUGCCAGCCGGUGCUCUUCUACAAUCCAAAUGGACAUGUUCCACGAAUUUGUGGGACCCUGAAAGAUCUUCGUGUUCAGCACUUGAAGAACUUUCAUCGGAGAAGCUCGAAGUGCUAUUAAAUGUUAGAACAGCUGCUUCUGUGAAGAUGAAAGCUCCAAAGCAGGAUCCUGAAUCUGUUAAGGCUCUGGAAGGGCUCGAUGCACUUGCUAAUUUGGCAGUGCAGGAGAAAUUAGGACCCGCUCGAGCGCCCAAGACCACAAAACACCCACGACAUGGACCUGGCUGUUCAUGCAUCGUGUGCAUUCAACCGCCUCGUGGAAAGGGGCGAAAACAUCCGCCACGUUGUACAUGUAUUGUCUGCAAGUCAACACAACGUCGUUUUAACACCCUGAUGUUGAAAAGAGAAAAGAAACAAGUGGAGAAUGAUUCAGAUACCGGCCAUGAAAUGCCUCAGCAUGAUCAGCCACCUGAAGGAGUGUCUACUGGCAAUGCCAGUGUUGUCAAAUCUGGCAAGGCCAAAAACUCCGUGGAAGUUGUCUGUGUCAGCGAUGAGGAUCGUCCAGAUAAUUUUGAAGAGAGGAGCUCUUCUGUUUCACAAUAUAAAGGUGAAAUAGACCUCAAUAUACAGCCAGAGAAGGAGGAGGAAGUCUCACCUAGGUUUUAUUCUGGUAGUGAGUCAGGUUUGCAAAUAGAGACAAAAGAACAGCUUAAGCAUAGAUUGUAUGGUGCUGGUAGUGAAGGGAAUUUAGUGGGCAAGUAG